UUAUGUUGUUGACAAGUGAGAGGGGAAGCGCGUAAUUUACAAACUGCUAUUAAAAAUACACUGCUAUAAACCGUGAUAUGAACAGAGGUGAGCGCAGCAGAGAUAUAAAAUGCCGGUUCUGACAACUACUGGUCAGCCGGGAAUUUAAUUUUGGUUCAGUUAUCUCAAAAUUUUCAAAGAUGGACACAGAAAAGAUUGUCAUCGUUAUUAUAGUGACUGUUGCAUUAGGAGUUGGUGGGUUCAUUUUGUGGGGUCCUCCUGACAGGUGCAAAAGAAAGGCAGGACGUAUUGGUGGACUUGUCAAUUUAGGUUUUACCUGUUUUCUAAAUACGUUGCUUCAAGCUCUUGCAUCUUGUCCCUCAAUGUUGGAAUGGUUAUCACAACAAGAACAAGUGCCAGGGAGUCUAAUUCAAGCUCUUAGAGAUGUUGUUCUAGUUCUAAAUGGCCAACAUUCAACAAUUUUUGAUGACCCCUAUGCACCAUCAGAUGUCAUUAGAUCUCUUGUUUUGAAAGGGUGGGUGAUUUCUCCUGGAGAGCAAGAUGCACAUGAAUUAUUUCAUGUAAUUAUGACAACUCUCUUAGAAGAAGCUCAUUCAGGAAGGUCUCAGGCCCUCUCAUUGUCGGUGGCAUUGGAAGGAAAUACAAAUGAAGUUCAUGAUAAAAAUAUUCUGCCUCGCAGAAUACAGUCAGACCGAGGAGAUUUUAUUUCUCGACGAUCAUCAGCUUACUCCACAGUAUCUUCUUGUUCUUCGUUUCCUUCAUUUCAUCCUGUAUCUCAAGCACCACCGUUUCAAGGGUUUUUGACCAGCCAGUUUCAGUGCAUGGUCUGCAAGUAUAAGUCUGCUGUGAUGUAUGAUACAUUUGAUAGUUUGUCCUUACACUUACCAAGUGUUGGGGAGAACAUAUUUAUGAAGAAACUUACUCUUCACCAACUUUUAAAUAAAUUUGUAUCAACUGAAAUAGUAAAAGAUGUUACGUGUGAAAAAUGUGUGGGACGUGAAGAUGGAAAGAAUGUGAUGAAAGUUUGUGCUAUGAAAACUUUAAACUUUGGAAAAUUACCAAAGUGCCUUUGCAUUCAAAUUCAGCGAACAAUAUGGCAACGAAAUGGUCAAGCAUACAAACGUUAUGAUUAUGUUGAAUUUCCUGAAUAUCUGUCAAUGGAUGAAUAUACAUUUAUGCAAGCACAAAAACAGAAGGCAAUUACACCAGAAUAUUUCCAUAAUACGGGAGAUGGAGAAAGAACUUUUAUACCAAAAAAAUACAGCCCUAAACACUUAUACAGACUCACUGGUGUUAUUGUUCACACUGGAAAUUUGGAAGCUGGUCAUUUUAUAACAUACAGAAGGGCACCUAUUCGAGAUAAUAAUUGGUACUACACUUCUGAUAGUGAAGUAAGAGAGACAUCUCUAAAAGAAGUCAUGCAGGCUUCUGCAUAUAUGUUAUUUUAUAACAAAUGCAUUCAAGUCAUCAGUAAGUCUUAGUAUUUAUGAAAGUUUUGAACUGAUUGUGUGAAUUAUUUGUGAUGUAUUAAAUUGUGUAUAUUUACAAUGAGCUAUAUAUCUUUAUUUGUUUCUUGUCUUUGUACGUAUUGUGAAAAUAUACUUUCUUCAUACUUUAA